AUGCUAAGAACGGGAAUUAGAGCCGUGCGCAACAAGGCCACUGUGGCGAGCAUAGAUAGGGUAAGUGAGUUUCCAGCGGACUCAAGAAUCUUUUCACUUAUACAACCAACUGGAAAGAUCCACCUAGGAAACUACUUGGGUGCGCUCAAGAACUGGAAGCACAUAGCGAAUGAAGCCCCACCAUCAGUGAGCUGUUUCUUCGGAACAGCGGAUCUCCACUCCUUGACAAUACAGCCUGAGCCAAACACUCUUAGAGAGAACAGGGACGGCGCCAUCGCCAGUUUACUUUCCCUGGGUCUUGAUCCGCACAGAUGUGUGAUUUUUCACCAGUCGAGCAUUCCAGAGCACGCCGAACUCAAUUGGAUCCUUGUGUGCUUGACGAGUAUGGGAGCAUUAAACCGAAUGACUCAGUGGAAGCUGAAGGCCAAUAUCAACGAAAGCCAGAGCAUCUACACAGAAAAGGUGAUGGGCCAGACAAAAGCAGGUCUCUUAAUAUACCCUGUUCUCCAAGCAGCUGAUGUCUUGCUCUACAACUCCACCCAUGUGCCUGUCGGCGACGACCAGGCCCAGCAUUUGGAGCUUUGCCGCAACAUUGCUUCAACUUUCAAUCACACCUACGGGAACUUUUUCCAUCUUCCCCAGACGCUUCUCACACCGGCUAAGAAGAUUGCAAGUUUGAGAACACCAGAGAAAAAGAUGUCAAAAAGUGACCCUGAUCAGAAUUCAUCAGUUUACGUGAAUGACGAGCCAGACGUCAUUGCGAAGAAGUUCCGUAAGGCUGUCACAGACUCUGUUCAAGGACCCGUUACGUUUGACCCUGUGAACAGACCAGGAGUAUCAAAUUUGGUAAGCAUUAUCUCCGGCAUUCUCGACAAAAGCACAGAGCAGACAGUCAAGGACUUGGCGUGGAUCGAAAACCACAAGCAACUAAAGGACUACGUUACGGAGGUUGUCGUGGAGGAGUUCAAGGACAAGCGAGCUGAGUACGAGCGGUUGAUUGGCGACCGUGCCUAUUUGGCUGAAGUUACAGCCCUAGGUACCAACAAGGCUCGUGAAAUAGCCACAAGCAACCUUCAGCAGGUCAAAAAACUUGUUGGUUUAGCGUGA